CAAGAUAAGCCCCUAAUAUCGACAAGCUUAUUGGCCGUGAGCGUUGGAAUGCAUACCAACUAGCGUGAGAAACCUGAAGUAAGAUCGUUCACACGAGACUGGCACUCGCACGACAUGCUAACCCGCUGAAAGGGCCAAAAAGUUACUCAGACACAUUCCCUCACUCGAUCAUUGUUGCAUAGGAUUUCACCGCGUAAACACCUGUACGUUGUUGUCGCACGUCAGGUCUGCUGUCAUUCCGAUACACGGUGUUGUAGAACGUGAAUCCCUUUAUAGUAGUAUAAACACUAUACCAACUUGUUGCAUUUUUUUGCUCUCAAUAUGCCUGUGGAUAAUACCAAAACGAAAACAACUGAAGGGAGAAAGUCUUCUAAGCCAUUGAUGGAGAAGAGACGUAGAGCACGAAUCAAUGACAGUCUUGGGCAACUGAAAACUUUGAUUUUAGAAGCAACUAAUAAAGAUAGUUCGCGCCAUUCUAAACUUGAAAAGGCAGACAUUCUAGAAAUGACUGUGAAGUACCUCAGGAACAUGCAGAGGCAUCAGAUAGCAAGUGCCAUGGCAACCGAUCCUAGUUUACUUGGGCGAUACCGUGCCGGGUAUAAUGAGUGCAUGGGAGAAGUGUCGAGAUUUUUAAACUCUGCAGAGUUAAACACCGACGUACAGGCGCGAUUAAUUGGACAUUUGGCCUCUACAUGUCGGUCACCUUCUAGUCAAGCUACAAAUUAUGUUACCACAACACAAGGUGUCAAUUCAAUCCAGACAACAGCACCCACUGCUACUAGUUCAAGUCCUGGACACCCAAUUCAAAUUACUCAAGCUCAACAGAUCCCUAGCGCCACCAACGUCCAAGCAGUCCCUUCAGUCGUUGUAAAUCACAGUCAUACAAGUCCAAUGAGCAACAAUAACAGCAGCAUCGUAUCUGGAAAUGAAUUGUGUGGGUCAAAUGUCACACGAGUUGUAUCUGGAAUACCAAUUGGACUACAGUCCCCUACAGGUGAAAUUACUGUUGUACUUCCACCACAAGCAGUUGCAAAUGGACAGAUUCCUAGUCAUUUUAUUCCAGUAUAUGCUCAAAGCACCCCUCUCUUAACGCCACCACCCUCACUUGGUUCUCCAUCGUCAUCACUAGGCAGUCCCAAUAUCACCUCACCUCAGACCCCGACUACAGUGCAAUCAAAUAAUAGCGCGGUAGAGAGUAGAUUCACGUCAUACCCCCACACCAGCACAUCUCCUGUUGUAAUCGCAAAUCAACAUCAAAUGCAAGGCCCAGUGCCUAUGGUUCUUCAAUCACAACCACCAGCAUGCUACACAAUAGCAACAUCUCCAGUACAGCAUCCUGUUGUUGAAGAAAAACCUGUCAAAAUGAUGGUUUGCAAUCAAGUUGAGCAGGCAGCAACAGAAAGCGUUUGGAGGCCGUGGCACUAAACAUUUUGUAAUAAAGAACUUUUAAGACUGACCAAUCAAACGUUGAAAUAUUCCAAAAAAGAAACAUUCUCAAGUUUGUAUGUUGUUAAAUAUGUAUUAUAAGAUAUUUAUAUUUUUUAAGUGUUAAUUGUUACUUGAGUGUGGGUGAAUUGCGUUCGUGAGUGUUAAGUUAAUAUGUAAGCUUUAAAUCGAUGCUGACAAAGGUUUCAAUCUGCCUUGUGUUAUACAUUGUUCUUUAUUGCUAAUCACGUUUUUAUCUAUGCAAAGUUUUAAGUUUAAACCAUUCUAUACAUCUAAUAACUCUAUGCAAGUGCAACGUCUUCCACUGUAGUCAAUGUUUACAAUGUUGUGCUUUUGGCUUAAGUGUUUGAGUUUGCUAUAUUAAGUUUUUUAAUAUUGUUUAUCUUAAAUUGCUAUGAUUAUUCAAUGUGCUCGUCAAUUUUAAAAUAUGAUUGACCAAAAAAAUAAAAAGAAAUGAAACAGUUGUA